UUUUUACAAGAUACACAACUCAUUCAUUCCUCACGAAAUCACAAUGGAAUCCAAAUUCAGUGAAUAGCGAGCGGUCAACUUCCUUCCCAUAUGAUGGUGGUGGGUUUCCGGUUUUAUUAUCCACAUUCGAAUUCCUCUCGUAGGAAUAGGAGUAUGUUGUUGUCGAUUCAAAAGUUGCAGGGGAGGAGGAGCUUCACCCGUUUCUUCCCUUGUUCAUCUUCAUCAAAGACAAACAACGACUACUUCCCUUCCCCUCAUACACAUCUAUCUUUCUCUUCCAAAUCUGCUGAACCGAAUCGACUCAACGAUUCAAAGCUGGAGGACCAGUCGAAUUCACUUCCCAAAGGCUCCCCUUUUCCUGGGCUGGAGGAUGUGAUGAUGGGCUACAUCUUUGGCAAGAAAAAGGCUACUGAAGUUGCUCACUCGGUAUGGAGGCAUAUUGUCCAGAACGGCGAUAUACUUGUUGAUGCUACUUGUGGCAAUGGUUAUGAUACGCUAGCAAUGGUCAAAAUGGUUGCUGAUAAGUCAAGUACCGGUCGUGUAUAUGCAAUGGAUAUCCAAAAAGCUGCUUUGGAAAGUACUUCAUCUUUACUAGAUGAAUCACUUGACUCAGAUGAGAAAGGACUUGUUGAGCUCUUUGCCAUUUGCCACAGUAGAAUGGAGGAAGUUGUUCCAAAAGGUAUCCCUGUGAGGCUGGUUGCUUUCAACUUGGGCUACCUUCCAGGAGGUGACAAGGCGACAAUAACUGAGUCAGAGACAACCCUACAAGCACUGGAAGCUGCCAAGAGAAUGCUAGCACCCGGAGGCCUCAUCAGCCUAGUUGUUUAUGUGGGCCAUCCUGGAGGAAGGGAGGAAUAUGAGGCAGUACAAGCUUUUGCAUCUGGAUUACCAGUUGAGAAUUGGAUCUGCUGCAAGCUUCAAAUGCUGAACCGAUCAUCAGCGCCAAUCCUGGUUCUCCUGUUGAAUAGAUAAACAUGCCUUCCCUUCGGACAAUUUGUACGAAUUUCUGAAUUCCUGUACCCUCUGUUACUUGUCUGCAAUUUGUUUAGAUUCCAUUUGUUGCUUUCAACUGUACUUUGUAUAAGAUCCUCUCUCUUUUGUUUUCUCUUUUUUCUUUUUCAGAAUCAAUUUGAUUCACCAAGAGACAACCUCAAUACAAUAGGAUCUGGUCCUUUGUAACAAAUUUAUCAACUUCUGAAAUUUGUCACUGUAUUAAAUUAUCCAUCAACUGGAACCUAAGUUACAGUCACCCUCA